AUGACUGCCGCACCGACUGAAGUCCCAGCUAUCACCACGCCCACCCCUUUCACCAUCUCAUUCUCUGACGCAGACCUCGAGCAGUUCCACCGCAAGCUCGAUGAUGCUCGCCUGCCCGAUGGUCCCAUGUUCCCGGCCUCCAAGUCCAAAGACGUCGAGCCAAAGGCAUUUCCUACCCUUGAGCUCAUCAAGGGUGCUCUUCAGUACUGGCGUAACAUGGACAUGAAGGCUUUUGAGGCUGAGCUUAACACUUAUCCUCACUUUACGACGUCCAUCGACUGGUGCAAGCAGCUUCACUUCAUCCAUCAGCCUUCAUCGAGGCCAGAUGCUAUCCCCUUGAUCUUCUGCCAUGGAUGGCCUGGCUCGUUCCUUGAGGCCGCUCACAUCGCCAAGCCCCUCGCUGAGCCCGAAGAUCCCAGCGCUCAGGCAUUUCACGUCGUCAUCCCUUCGUUGCCCGGCUAUACCUUCUCGAGUGGACCACCGACGAAGGAGCACGAGACUGGAGAUGUCGACGGCUACUGCCGCCUCCUCGACGCUCUGAUGAGAGGUCUGGGCUACGACAGGUAUGCUGCUCAGGGUGGUGACUGGGGAUCAGUUCACGCCCGUGUCCUGGCCUCACGCUUCGCAAAGAACGAUGGCUCCGGCUGUCGUGCUGUCCACCUAAACUUCCUCCCGACGGUGCCUGGCGGCAAGUACGGUGGUGGCCUCCUCAUGGCUCUGCCCGAGUCGGUGUCCCAAAAGCUGGCAGACUGGACGAUGAGCGAAGAAGAACGCAAAGCUGUACGCAAGGCCCUCCUUUAUAACAACUACGGAUCAGCUUACUACAAAAUUCAGCGCGAGCGACCCUCCCAAAUCGGCUUCGGCCUGAUCGAUUCGCCCGUCGCCAUCUUGGGAUACAUGGCCAACUUUACCAACGGGCUCGGCAUCAACAUCGGGGCACAGAGCAAGCUCGACAUCGACUGGCUCCUCCACGAAACUUUCCUCUACUGGGUGACAAAGAGUGCCGCCACUUCUUUCCUCCCUUACGCCCUCAACAAGCCCUUCGUCCUGUACAUGCUCGAUUCCACGUACCGCGUCGAUGUGCCCUUUGGCUACACGGGCUUCCCCAACGAGAUCAUCGAUUGCCCUCUCAAUUGGGCUCGUAAUGCCUCUCGCUCCAAUACCUCGCGCUUCACUUGGUACGCCAAGUCGCCCACGGGCGGGCAUCUCGCCUCGACCGAAAAGCCUCACAUCUUCAUUGCCCACAUGCGAGCGGCCUUUGCGCCAAAGGGCGAAGAUUCCGUCAGCAGCAACAAGGACGUGUAUGGCAAGCAGGGUGAUGAGGACAAGCUCUUUGUGCAAGGAGCGUCGUGGAAGAGUGGAGGACUGUGGGAUGAGGAGAGAAAGAAGGACAAGAAGACGGGAGCGGCGCACCUGUGA